AUGAAGCCUUUAGCCACUUCAUUUAUUAUACGUGUUCUUGCCUUACUUUCAUUAUCUUCCACUACUAUUUAUGCAAAUACCUUUCAAAAUUUCGUUGAAUGUAUUUCACAUAAUUCAUCAAAAUCUUCCUCAUUUUCCAAUAUUAUCUACGAGUCGAAUAACCCUUCGUACUUAUCUAUAUUGAACUUCUCCAUCAGCAACUUGCGAUUCACCUUGUCCUCUACUCCGAAGCCCCUCAUCAUUCUAACACCCUUGAACGAAUCUCAAAUUCCUUCGAUCAUUUCUUGUUCUAAAAAUCAUGGGAUGCAAAUACGAAUUAGGAGUGGAGGGCAUGAUUACGAGGGUAGCUCUUAUGUUUCUCAAGUCCCUUUCAUAGUUCUCGACCUUGUUAACCUUCGAUCCAUUGAAGUUGACCUUGAGAGUAACACUGCUUGGGUCCAAUCGGGUGCAACCAUUGGAGAACUUUAUUAUAGUAUAGCCAAUAAAAGUAGAACCCUCGCAUUUCCAGCUGGAGUUUGUCCCACUAUUGGUGUUGGUGGACAUUUUAGUGGGGGAGGAUAUGGAAUGAUGCUACGUAAAUAUGGACUUUCUGCUGAUAACGUAAUUGACGCACGAAUUAUUGAUGCAAAUGGAAAUAUCUUGGAUAGAAAAUCAAUGGGCAAUGAUCUAUUUUGGGCUAUAAGAGGUGGUGGAGUAGGAAAUUUUGGUGUCAUUCUUGCAUGGAAAGUAAACCUAGUUAUGGUCCCAUCUAAAGUCACAGUUUUCACCGUUCCGAAAACCUUAGAACAAAACGCUACAAAUCUUGUUUAUCGGUGGCAAUCUAUUGCAAGCGUGUUUCCAAAAGAACUAUACGUUAGAAUCUCAAUCACGACGAAAAAGUCUAGUAAGAAAGGAAAGUCGACAAUAUUAGAAGCCUCGUUCAUUGCCUUGUACCUCGGAGGAGUUGAUGACCUCAAUCAUGUAAUGCAUAAAAGCUUCCCCGAGCUUGGAUUGACUAAAGAUAAUUGUAUCGAGAUGAGUUGGAUCGAAUCCAUCCUUUAUUUCUAUGGUUUUAGUGGGAAACCACUCGAGAUUUUACUUAAUAGAAGUAAAUCAAAUUUACAUUAUUUCAAAGCAAAAUCAGAUUACUUGCAAAAGCCAAUCCCCAUAUCUGGAUUAGAAAGAAUGUGGGAUAUGUUCUUCGAGGAAGGUGCUGACGACUCUGAACUUAUCUUUAGCCCAUACGGUGGAAAAAUGGACGAAAUCUUGUAUUCGUCGAUUCCCUUCCCACAUAGGGAAGGGAACUUGUACCAAAUUCAAUACUUGACGAGAUGGAAUGACGCGAGCACAAUCGUGGCCAAUAAACAUAUGAAUUGGAUACAGAGGCUUUACAAAUAUAUGGAACGUUAUGUUUCAAAUAAUCCAAGAAGUACAUAUGUUUUAUAUCGAGAUCUCGACAUUGGAACAAACAUGAAACAAAACACAAGCUAUAAAGAAGCCAGCGUUUGGGGGUUGAAGUAUUUCAAAAAUAACUUUAAGAGGCUAGUAGAUGUGAAGACUAAGGUUGACCCAACAAACUUCUUUUGGAAUGAGCAAAGUAUUCCGAUAAAAAGAGACUUGAUAUUGUUCUUGUAA